AUGUAUUCCUCGACGCCACAAGUAGAGCCAGUUACCAAGAUCUGUGAAGGGGAGUUCAACCCAAACAUAACUUAUCUAAGGAUGUUGCUGACCAAACGGCUAUACGGCCAGCCUCUAGUGCGGGAUGUUGUGGUCAAGGCCAUCCAGGGUCACCUGACUACUCCAAAAACAAGUAAAGCACUGGUUCUUUCCUUCCACGGGCCCUCGGGCGUAGGAAAGACGUACGUGACUAACAUGAUUGCAAAAGCUAUCUUCACAAACGGUACAAGAUCUCCAUACGUUAUUUACUAUUCCGCUGAGAUUGACUUUAAACACGCCGAUGAGCUACACACGAGGGAAUAUAAGAAACAGCUCCGCCGUGCUAUCUCUGAAAGAGUGAGUCAGUGCCAGCAUUCCAUUUUCAUAUUCGACCAUGUGGACAGGAUGCCGCGGGACCUUAUUGACACCAUCAAGCCUUUCGUUGAAGAGUACGCCAGGGUGGACGGAAUUAACUUCAGAAAAGCUGUCUUUAUUCUGAUAAGUUAUUCAGCAUCUGAUGCAAUUAUCAAGAUGACGAUGAAGUUAAGGUCGGAAGAAAUUGAAAGAGAAGAAUUUUCCCUGGAGGGUUUUGAGGAAGCUAUAACAAAAAGCGCUCUUGGGAGAGAAGGUCAUCUCCCCUGGCAGGAAGAGCUUCUUACCCAGGGUCUGAUUGAUCACGUUGUUCCCUUCCUACCUCUAGCAGUGGAGCAUGUCGAAAUGUGUAUCAGGGAUGUCCUACGCGAGCUGAACAAGGAAACUAAUAUGACCAUGGUACGUGCUACCAGGUUAAGACGACUAGCAGACGAGAUGCCCUACCUGCCUAAGCAUGCCCUGGUCCAGUACUCUCAAAAUGGAUGCUUCAGAGUCAGAAAUCUAGUCAUCACUAGCAUGGCUGAUAUGGACUGA